AUGGCGGACUCCCUCGUCGUUUCAGAUGCAUCCCAGGCCCUUGUGCUUGCAGAUGCUGUGCCCUGGCGUGGGGCCGCGGAGCGGUCUUUGGUGCUCUACGACGACAGCGACAACAAGCGCAAGGCAAAAGGUGUCGGCGGUGUCCCAAAGAAGGGCAAGAGGUUCGGCCUUCCGGAGGAUAAGCCGUUUCGGCCCCUGCCGUAUGUAGAGCUUCCGGUGGGGCUUUCCGAGGUGGAGGUCGAUCAGUUCCUGCGAGAGCAGAGGCUGGAGGACCUGAACCGCAAGCUCCAGUUGCAACAGUUGGAGGAUGUUGAGCCCGACAUCCGGCCUCCGUCGCCCCCGCCUCUCUAUGACCGUCAGGGAAACCGCUUGAACACCCGAGAAGUCCGCAUCCGCAAGGCGAUGUUGGCUGAAUUCAACCGGCUCAUCAGGUACAUGCUAAAGAACCUGGAGAACUAUGUGCCUCCGGAAGGAUGGAAGCCGCAACGCCUUGUGAAGAAGAUCAUCAUCCCCUACGAGUCCUGCCCUUACUCGGCAAGAGAGGGUGAAGCCUUUGGACUUUACGCCUUGACGCGUCGAAGAGACCGGCCCUGGAUGGUGCAACCCCGUUACACCCGUGAGGUUCGCUGCCAGGAUGCCCAGGCUCCCACAGCCGCCAGAGCCAGCUACUACGGCUCCUACAGCGGUGAUCGCUUUGGUGGUGGGAUCGGACAGAGGGUAGGGAUCGAUGAGCGGGAGGAGGCACAUCAGCGACUGCCCGGCACAGGCGUUGCAAGGAUCGCCACCUUCACCGAGACCCACGAGAGGCUGCAAGCCUGGGCCACUGCCGAGAACUGGAAGCGAGCAACCGAAAUACACAAGGCAGCUUACUUCACUAGAACAACGAACGAGAUCCAGGAGAGCGUCCUGGAACAUGUUCGACAACACUACUGCAGCGCAUCAUACGUUGCUGAGAAGCCUGUUGCAAUGGCCUUGUUUCGGCUCACGGACUUGGAGGACUUUGAGAAGGGCCGUUGCAAGAGGCAUAUUCGGCAGCUGCCGUUGGUGGUGCAGGGAGUCUUCGACGAGGCCACUGAGCCAUGCAUUGUGGACUUUGCUAACAAACGCUUGGGCGGGGGAUGGUUGAGCUACGGAUGUGUUCAGGAAGAGAUCCUGUUUAUUGAGCGCCCCGACUUUGGUGCCUUGUGUGCACGUAGCCUGCUCGAGAUGCCCGACCCCAGCAAGGAGCCUUUGGCUAGCCCCUUUUCCAUGGAGCCCAACGAGGCUUGGGUCAUGCGAGGGGCUCCGCGCUUUGCCAAAAUCGGCUGGUAUGGUAGGGCACCGAAGGAUGCCCUGAAGAAGGUACUUUUGCUGGAUCCGAAGGAAGACCAGUGGAGCUCUCCUACCGUCGUGGCCAUAGAUGCCAUCAAGGCAAGCUUCGAGGUCUACACUUUGCAGCAUUUGAAGCUGAUGCUCCAAAAGGCCUACACAGGCUUCGUGGCCGUGAGGGAGGAUGAGCUCUUCGGCGAGACCGAGGUCUCCACUGGCAGCUGGGGCUGUGGAGCCUUUUUCAACAGCGAGCCCGUGAUGUUUGCGAUCCAGGCACUUGCUGCGAAUGCAGCUGGCGUGCGCCUUGUGUAUCACACCUUGGGUGACGGACGUCGGCUGGCACCUGCCUUCGAACUCUUGGAGGAUGCGAUGGUCCGCAAGCUUACCAUCGCAGAGGCCUUGGAGGCCUUGGCCGAGAGAUGCGCUAGUGACCCGGCCUUCCGAACAAAAUACAGACCAAAGUCGAAAUACCCAACCGCUUCCUUCAUGGGCGUCAUAAUCGGUGCCCGCGGCGUCAACCAUAAGCGCUUGCAGGAAGCCAGUGGGUGCCGAAUCUUCAUUCGGGGGAAGGAUAUCGGGGACAAAUGGCAGACGGAUGAAGAGCUGCACAUGCCCCAACAUGUCCACAUCGAGGGAGACACCGAAGAGCAGAUUGAGACGGCGACGAAUCUCAUCAUGCCGCUUCUGAACCCGGAGAGCCCGGAGUUUGAGUACGCCAGGACGCACGGGAUGCAGCAAGUGGCGGUGGUGAAUGGCUUCACGUUGAAGAAGUCAGAACAUCGGUGUGGGGUGUGCGGUGCACUUGGGCAUCUAGGCUUCGAUUGCCCGGAGUCAGAGGCGUACAGCUACAAGAUGGCCAACGUGAAGUGUGACAUCUGCGGUGAUCGGGGCCAUGUGGCCUCUGACUGCAAGCAAGCAGCCGAGCAGCACAAGAAGGCAGAUCGAGAGGCAUGGAGAAGACUCAGGACACAUGAGACACAGUACGACCCUCCUUUGACUGCCACAGGCUGGAAGCAGUCGAGCUGUGCCGGUAAGCAGAUUUUGCAAGACCUCCAGCGCACUUCCACGCCGGUGGCCUGCAUCUACAGCAGCCCGACCAUGCGAACCAUGGCCACGGCAGCCGCGAUUUCCAAGCAGCUCAGUGCGCCCGGGGUUUCCCCAGCCUAUGGCCUGAACUGCUGUGCUGCGGCGAAAAUGGUCGGCGUCUCCUCGCGCUACUUCGCGCGCCCGGCGGACGAAGAAACCAUGAAGGGAGUUCCGGUGUCCUGCUGGCCGCCAGUCGGAGAUGUUGAGCAGGUCGGUCGGAGGAACCGGAGCCCCGACGGAUUUGUGGAGACCAUCAAAGAACUCGCAAGUGCACAUUCUUCCGGGGAGGCAGUCGUAAUGGUUUCCCACAGAGAGGGUAUCUGGGAGGUCUUGUCGCACCUCCACAAGCCACCAACUGGAAAGUACUGCAGCACGCACUACUUGCAGUACGACCGUGUCUCCAAGAAGAUCAGUCUUUGGAACAUCGAGGAUCAUGCUGUGGAGCUGCCGACCCAGCUGGAGACCGCAGUUGCAAAACUAAGGAUCGGGGAGCCGGAUGCCUCUCCCACCGCCUCUCCCACCACACCAUCGAAGGGCCGGGCUCGGCUGGAGAUGCCCGGCUUACCAGGCACAGAGUGCCUCUGGCAGACCCCGGGCGUCGCGGGUCUUUGGGUCGAGAAGGGCUCUGUGGCCACGGGAGAGGUGGUCGAGCUCUUGAGCAGCCCCCAGGCCAGCGAAGGAGAGGCUGGCGAUUUCGUGCUAAUUCGAAAAGAGAACGGUGUUGAAGGUUGGACGCCUGCCAAGCACCUCAAGCCGAUGUUGGAGAAUGUGGAUUGGAAGGAGGAAGCAGAAAAGAAGCGGGAACUUGACGCGGAGUACGAGAGGAUGAUGAGCGAGCUGGGGCUAUCAACAGGCAAGAAGCCGCCAGCACCUCCAGCACCUCCAGGAACGGCUCCAGAGACACCUCUCCCGGAAGCGGCUCCAGAGACACCGGCGCCGGAAGCGGCUCCCGAGACGCCUGCACCCGUGGCUUCGCCGGGGAACUUGCAGGGUGCUGAAGCAGCAGCAGCGCUUAUGGCCAGCCGUGCCAAGGCAUCGGGGCCUGGUCCUCCCAGCCCGACGGAGGGCACACCCGUCGAUGCUGACAAAGCUUCGCAGCCGCUUCCAAGGCCCCCGGGCCCGCCUCCGGUGCCUCCGCCGCCGAAGGCCGAGCAUUGCAGCGCGCCGUGUUAUGGUGGCAGUGCUCCCAGCACAGCAUUGGCCCUCCCAGAGGUCUCCAAAAACGGUGUGUGGCCGCCGGUGCGUCCAAGGCAGCCCCUGAGACCCAGACCAAGGGCACAGUGGGCUGGGAAGGGCGCUCCAUGUGCUCCCUACCGGCCGCCACGCCCUGCGGUCAGGCCGUGGCACGGAGAUGGCGUCACCAUCGCCUGCCCUCGGGUCCUGGCACAGCAGCUUUGGCGAGGGCCACAUGUACUGCGCGAGAUGAGCCAGGAGACAGGUGCUCAUGUGUCGGUUAACGACUGCGCUGAUGGUGACGGAGGGCCGUACUUCCUAUUGGCAGGUCCUCCGGAGGCUCGCGAGAUGGCGAAGAUGCACGUCCGUGCCUGGCUGGAUGUGAACUCGCGCCCCUGGCUUCCAGGUUCGGAUUCGCCUGCAACCUCUAUUGCAAAGGUCUCUACUUGA